AUGCCCCUCCUCGAUAUCGUUGGAUUCACAGCGACUGGUUUAACCUUCUUUAUCGGUUUUGCCUUCCUAAAGGAUGAGAAGCAGGAGACAUACGAGACGGCCCUAGGAUAUCUCGCUGAGUUAUUCCACACCAUACCUAACCAGCCUUAUCCUCGAACAAUUCUAAUGGACAAGGAGCGAGCGCUAAUGUCUGUAAUCACAACUGUCUUUCCUGAUACAAAGAACAUAUUAUGCUCUUGGCACCACUACUCGAACGUCUACAAGAAAGCAGGGCCUAUCUUAAAGGCACGAAUCAAAGCAGCAGUCGAGAACAAGACAGCUCUUCCAGAUAAGCUUACGUUACCUAAUCAAUCAAUAACAAAAGCGCAGCUUUCCGAGGCAAUUAAUCAGCUAUCACUCGCGUCAUGGGAGAUCAUGAAGAGUCGUUGGAAUAGUGUUCUAUACGCAAGUACCUCUCAUGCCUUUGACUAUGCGUGGAACCACUUCCAGGAACAUUACAGUGACCUCGUCUUCAAACCGCUUCAUACAUAUCUCAAGAAGGAGUGGCUUGACGACUACCCAGAGCAUUUCCUAAAGCUUUUCACCCAAUUUUACCUCCAUCUAGGCCAGACGUCUACAUCAAGAUAUGAAGGUGCUCACUGGCUAUUAAAGCAAGACCUAACAACUUCAAUUAAUGAUCUUUUGAUCGUUUUUAUUAACUUCGCAAGGGUCAUUAACCGACAGUACCAUAUGAAUAAGCUUGCCAUACAAAAUGGUAGGAUUCGUAUACCAGUAAGCGUCCGCCCCCUUUACAGACUACUUAUGACCUAUAUCUCGAAGAAAGCCAUAGAAAACGUGACAAAAGAGCUCGAGAAAUACCUCCCUGAGGCCGCUGACAAACCCGUGAUUUCCGCUAUAUAUGUAUGCAAUUCCAAGGACACGGCAGGCACACCAUAUAUCCAUAUCAUCAAGCAGCACCUGGAUGAGAGCCGAGGCCUUAAGCUUAACCUCUUCCAUCAGCAGUGGCACCUCCACAAGCUUAGUGAAGCUCCACUAAUUGCGCCUGAGCUAUAUAUCCUCGAUCCAUUACCAGUUCGAGGUAAAGGUCGCCCUCGUGGGGCUAAGAACCUUAUACACCUCUCCAAGAGCUCGGAGGUCCCGGCCUCGCAGGGGACUACCUCACAUACAUACUCGCAGCUUACACCAUCCUCGCUCGAGCCAUCCUCGCAAGCCCCCUCGAUACAAGUACCGUCCUCACAGCCCUCGCUUAUACCAUACACACCAGAAGACCCGCUUACACCAUUCGAUCGCAUAACACAACGUGAGCCUUCGGGGUUCGAGUACGUCGCUCAGGGCCCAAGAGGCGGGCUUGGGGGUCGGGGGGGGCGUGCCCGUGCCCGUGGCAAGGUAGGUCGCCCAGCAGGUAGUGGGCGGGGACGAGGCAGGGGCAGAGGCAGAGGCACAUAA